CAGGACUUAGAAGCUCCUCUAGAAUAUGCUGUCAUCUCAUUACUGACUCUUGUGGAUUGGUGGAAACUAGAAGACAGGGAUUCCAUAGAGCAACAAAAAGCUACAUGGCUUAGACUUUUGUUGUUUUCUCAUCAAGAAUAUCCUGCAAGUAAAUAGUCAACCAGGGAAUGUUAUCUCCAGGCUGAGCAUUAGGAAGAGAACAAGAAGGACACAAAAGAGGGACCAUAAGCCCAGAGGGAAUGGCAUCUCAGGAAGAUUACGAAUCUGGAAUUAAGGCGAAACUUGACCUGGAGGCGUAUGGAGACUCUUCAUUGAAACAGUCUAAUAUGUCACUUGCAAGUGGAGACAGUAGCUCCUCCUCAUCUGAGGAGGAGCCAAGAGGUACGGAGCCUGUGAAGCCACUCAUCUCCCACAAAGCUUCCCAUAAUUCAUAUGUGGAACUCCAUGAGCUGGUCAUGGACAAGAAUAAUGAAUUUCGCUGGAUGGAAGCUUCUCACUGGAUCAAACUGGAAGAGGACUUUGAGGAGAUGGGGCAUUGGGGGAGACCUCAUCUUUCAUACCUGACUUUUCAAAGCCUUCUGGAGGUGCACAAGGCAUUUAGCAAAGGAACCGUCCUUCUAGAUUUGCAAGAACGAAGUCUAGCUGGGAUUGCCAAACAGGUGCUUUCCCAAAUGACCUAUGAAGGAAAACUCAAACCUGAUGACCAAGAGGUGCUUUUAAGAACUCUUCUACUUCAGCACAGUCACCCUAAUGAAUCAGCUUCAUUAAACACUCUCUUGCCUGCGCGGGUACAACAAACAGAUGCCAAAGACUCAACCCAACCACUGCUUCAAGAACAUCACCAAAUAGAGAUGAAGACCUUUUUUAAUGGCUCAGAGCAGGGAGAGUCAAGUCAUAGUGGUUUUAAGAAGCAGCUGUUAGAUAAAAUUCCUUCUGAUGCAGAAGCCACUCUGGGAUUGGUUGGCUGUGCCACCUUCCUGGACCGACCUACUCUGGCCUUUGUACGCUUGAAGGAGGCGGUGGAGUUGGACUCUGUCCUGGAGGUUCCUGUCCCUGUCAGGUUCCUUUUUGUGGUUCUGGGCCCUGAUUCCCCCCACAUUAGCUACCACGAAAUCGGGAGAGCCAUCUCAACUAUGAUGUCUGAGAGGGUAUUUCGCAAUGACUCCUAUUUGGCAGAAGGAAGACAGGACUUGAUAAAGAGUCUGGAUGAGUUCCUAGAUUGUUGCAUUGUCCUCCCACCCUCUGAGAUCCAAAAUGAAAGACUUCUCAAAAUGUUGCUGCCAGUGCAGAAGGAUUUCCUAAGGAAGAGGUACCUCCCAGUGGAGAAGAAACUGGAAGAGUCACUAAAAGACCUAGGGCACAAAUUGAAAGACCACGAUGUCAAAGCAAAAGAUUCUGAUGAUUCCUUGCGCCGAACUGGAAGGAUUUUUGGAGGGUUAGUGAAAGACAUAAAACGUCGGUACCCCAAGUAUCUCAGUGACAUCAAGGAUGCUCUGAACCCACAAUGCCUGGCUGCAGUCAUCUUCAUCUAUUUUGCUGCCCUUUCUCCUGCCAUUACUUUCGGAGGCCUGCUUGCUGAAAAGACAGAGCGCCUGAUAGGAGUCUCUGAGCUUCUACUCUCUACCGCAGUUCAGAGUGGACUCUUUUGCUUGCUGGGAGCUCAGCCUCUGCUUGUUGUGGGAUUCUCUGGCCCCCUUUUGGUCUUUGAAGAAGCUUUUUAUACAUUUUGUACGAAAAAUGACUUUGAAUACAUUGUGGGGAGAGUCUGGAUUGGCUUUUGGCUGAUACUGAUAGUGAUAGUGGUAGUGGCUUUUGAGGGCAGCUUCCUGGUGCGUUACAUCUCUCGCUAUACUCAGGAGAUCUUCUCAAUUCUCAUCUCCCUCAUCUUCAUCCUGGAAACCUUCUUCAAACUCAUCAAGAUUUUUAAAGAGCACCCCCUGAAAGAAGUGUAUAAAAACAUCACCUUUUCCAGAGAUGAAGAACCAAGGGAUCCUGCACCAAAUACUGCUCUGCUUUCUCUGGUGCUGAUGGGAGGAACAUUUUUCAUUGCUUUCUUCUUGCGCAAGUUCAAGAAUAGCAGCUUUUUCCCUGGCAGGCUUCGUCGGGUAAUUGGUGACUUUGGUGUCCCUAUUGCCAUCUUUAUCAUGACAUUGGCAGACACUCUUAUUAAAGAUACCUACACUCAGAAAUUGAAGGUUCCCAAAGGCCUUCAAGUCUCCAAUCCUGAAAGGCGGGGUUGGUUUAUCUAUCCAAUUGGAAAUGAAUUCCCCAUCUGGAUGAUGUUUGCUGCAGCUUUGCCAGCUCUCCUGGUUUUCAUUCUCAUCUUCUUGGAGACACAGAUCACCACGCUGAUUGUAAGCAAACCUGAGAGGAAGAUGCUGAAGGGUUCAGGUUUCCAUCUCGAUCUCCUUCUUAUUGUUGGAAUGGGAGGUAUUGCACCACUUCUGGGCAUGCCCUGGCUGAGUGCCACCACGGUGAGGACUGUCACACAUGCUAAUGCUCUGACAGUUAUGUCCAAGACUACUCUGCCAGGAGAAAAGGCCUGCAUUCAGGAGGUCAAGGAACAGAGGGUUACUGGCUUCCUGGUGGCUAUUCUUGUGGGCCUGUCCAUACUCAUGGAACCUAUCUUGAAGCUGAUUCCACUUGCAGUACUCUUUGGCAUCUUUCUUUACAUGGGGGUGACAUCUCUCAAUGGAAUUCAGCUAUAUGACCGCAUACUUCUCAUGCUGAAGCCACCGAAAUACCAUCCAGAUAUAUCUUAUGUUACAAAAGUAAAGACCUGGCGUAUGCACAUCUUCACCCUCACCCAGAUUCUCUGCCUAGGAUUGCUGUGGGGAGUGAAAUCCAGCCCAGCCUCCCUUGCCUUGCCUUUUAUACUCAUUCUGACUGUCCCUCUUCGACGUUUCCUGCUCCCUGUCAUUUUCAGAGACAUUGAGCUCAAGUGUUUAGAUGCUGAUGAUGCUGAGGUGACUUUUGAUGAGACAGAAGGCCAAGAUGUCUAUGAUGAAGUCCAGAUGCCUAUUUGAGCACCCAGCUGCUGCUGCCACUAGGCAAAUGAAGAACCAAAAAUUCUUUCCAAAAACACUGGAUAUCAGAAUCUGGAGGAAGAUAUCCAUAUAGCUAUAUGAAUCAGAGUAUAUAUAUAUAUGUUAACAAUUACACUAAAAAUAUGAUCCCUGGGUAUAUCCAUAUUUAAAACCAAACAAAUAAAUGUGAGCACCCCCUCUUUAGGUGUGCAACUAAACAAAGUGGGUGUGGCAAUAAAGCAAAAAAAGAGGGGGGACGUUCCAUCAAACCCCGAAUUUGGCAAAGAGAAAACACCCGAUGACAAUUACACAAGCAAGAAAUGCAAGAAAGCAAUUAUUGCUAAUAAGAAACCG